CACACCGCGCAGCGCAACGGCAGCAGCAGCUCAUCGCUAGCUCCACGGUCGUCGGUGUUCCCUGUGCCUGUGCGUGCCUACUACUCUACUCUACAUGGCGGCCUCGCUAGGACUCGCCCACGAGGCGGCCCCGUUCUACGCCGCCGCCUACCCGCCGGCCGGCGCUGCUUACGCUUACCUCGCACCACCACCCGGCGACCUCGUCGUCGAGUUCCCGCCGCGCGCCGCCACCAUGGCUGACGACUGCUGCUACCAGUUCGGCCAGGAGAUGGGCGGCGCCUACUGCUCGCCGCCGGUGUUCGACAAUGGCAUGACGAGCCUGCUGAACUAUGGCGUCGAAGGCGACGGGAGGAGGCCGGUGGGCGGACCAGCUGGCGGUACUGGGAACGGCGGCGGCCGGCCCCGGCCGGCGUCACGGAUCGGGUUCCGGACCAGGUCGGAGGUGGACGUGCUUGACGACGGCUUCAAGUGGCGCAAGUACGGCAAGAAGGCGGUCAAGAGCAGCCCCAACCCGAGGAACUACUACCGGUGCUCGGCGGAGGGCUGCGGCGUGAAGAAGCGCGUGGAGCGGGACAGCGACGACCCGCGCUACGUCGUCACCACCUACGACGGCGUCCACAACCACGCCGCGCCGGGCGCCGCCUACCUCUGCCCGCCGCCUCCGCCGCGCGGCGCAGCGCACUACUCGCCUCCGGUGGCAGCGCCCAGCUGGAGCGCAGCUCUUGACGCGUGGGAGGCGCAGCUGCACCGGCACGCCGCGGCGGCGGCUCACUCGUCGGAGUAGUCCUACUGAUCCAUCAUCAGCUACACGCACGUAUACGGAUCAUGUAGCUAGCUAGAAUGUUCGCCAACGUGGAGAUCGAGACGAUCGAGCCACGUUUUUCGGGGUUUGCGUAGUUUGUACUGUGUACUACCGUUACAGUUAGACAUACAUACAUACCCACACACCGAGACUGUUUCUGAUU